CAUGUCCUGCUGGACCAAUGGGCGGUGAUGAUCCGCGCGCGCGCGUUGUCAUUGGCGAAGUGCACACGAGAGCAGCGCUGGUGUUGACGGUCCGUGAGUGGAUUCUGCUUGAAUAAUAUUACUGACCUACAUCUCCGAGACAGGCCUGCACAUUUGAGCAAAAAUUUUGGUCGAAACGGUGAGCGCGCGAAACGAAACUGCAGGCAGGAUGAGCAAAGUACAGGGCGGCAUGAAAUGUGUCAAAUACCUUUUGUUCGUCUUCAACUUCAUAUUCUGGCUGUCGGGCUCACUGGUGUUGGCUGUGGGAUUAUGGUUGAGGUUUGACCCAGACACGGUCAACCUCUUAGCCGAAAGUGGUGCCCCUGAUCACUUCUUCGUUGCGGUGUACAUCUUGAUCGGAGCAGGAGGUGUCAUGAUGUUGGUGGGGUUCUUCGGAUGCUUUGGGGCCAUGAGAGAGUCACAGUGUCUUCUGGGAUCGUUUUUUGCUUGCCUUCUGGUGAUCUUUGGCGCAGAGGUCGCUGCUGGAGUCUUUGGCUUUUUGAAUAAGGAACAGAUCAUUCAGGAUGUAAAAAUCUACUAUAAGGAUGCUAUGGGAAGUAACGGGACUAUUGCCUCCACGUAUCACAAUGUGCUGAAGUGCUGUGAUUCUAAAUCCUCUCUCUCUGCUGAACUGUGCACUGAAAAAAAGGAGUGUGACACAGCUAUAGAAGAGUUCUUCAAUGAAAAACUCUUCAUAAUUGGAUACGUUGGGAUUGGCAUUGCUGGAAUUAUGAUAAUUGGCAUGAUCUUCAGCAUGGUUCUUUGCUGUGCUAUUCGAAACAGCAGAGAAGUUAUUUAGGCACCUCACAGUUCCCCUCGCCCAAUUGGACUGUUUCAAAGCCCACCUUCUUUGACCUCAUCAGACCAUCACAUUCAGGCUUGGGAGCAGGGUGGAGGAACUCCCAUGAGGCAGUGUGGGUCUUGUGGUACUGUUUUGUGAAAAGCAUUAUGUCUCUUUUCUGUUCUUUGCAUUGUUUGAAGAUGACCUCCACUGCAUGGACUGCUACUGUAACACCAUUAACCUUUAUAUUUAUUUAUUACUGAAUCAUCACAAGGGGUACGUAGUGUACAUCUCUUGAACUUGAUCUCCUGUAAUAGAGUUCUCACAUCUUGAGUCCUUCUUUGGUCCAGACUUUCACAGUGAAUUGGGCAUUUACUUACUGAUGUAAAUAAGCUCUCUGAUGCCUCUUACUGAUCAACUUAUUUUCAUGUUAUUUUUAAUGUUAUUUAUUGUGUGAACUAGACCAGUGCUGAUAGAUAAUGGGUCAUAUGCUUAUUGUUUUUUGCUGGUUAUUGUAAUUUUGCCACAUCAUAUAGAUACUGAAUGAAGCCAAGGAGUGGAUGUGUAUGAUUAAAAACCUCUGACACAAACAGAUUGUCACGCUUAAAGUCAGCAUGAACUCAAAAUUAAACCUACUUGAUUUAGUAACGUUUCUGGUUCUAUUGUGAAAGAUUCAUGAAUGCGUGAUAUUCCAAAGAAAAACAAUUAGCUUCAUAAUUUUUCAUCAAAAUGCUCUUUUUCUGGAACCUUUUGAGUUUGCUGCUAUUUUGUAGGCUAUUGGUUAAUGUUAACCAAUAAACAAAUACCUAAUUAGGCUACUGUUGUAGGCCACCUUUUUAAAAUCUUGCAAAUAAUAAUUUAAUGUUGAUUAAUGGUAAUGUAAUAAAUAUUACAGCAGUAAUAGCAAAUAUAUAUUUGUAAAAAUGGUGUUAUUGCUGAGAGGAAACUCAACCUUCAGACUCCAUGUUCCGCUCUUCAAAAUUGUUUGAUUCAUGUUGACUUUUUCCAAGUGUGGCAUUUGUUUAAAUUUUUAAGUAUGCUACCCUGGUUUAUACAUAUUACCACUAUUCUACCAUUGCUUCUUUUUAGUCAUCUGUUCAGGAAUACGACCCACUAGUUUUAUUGAUCUAUGUGCCUUUAUAACUGACAAAGUCCCAUUUGCAGUUACAGUAAUAUGCACAUUUGUGUUUGUAGUUCCUCUCAACUUCAGAUUUUUUUUUUUUUUUUUUUUACUCUUUUAUAGCAUUGUGCUGCAUGUAAAUAGCUUUGGAAUGAGAAAAUAUGGGCACAGGGCAAUAACCCCUGAACAAUAUUAAAACAGCUCACAAGUAAACAUUCGUUUUUAUUUUUGCAAUGUUGAAUAAACAAUUUCCAUUGAACAGAAAUUAAUAAGUUGCAUUGAAGUGUCAUUGUGGAUUGAUGUUAAUACUGUAGUCAUAACAUUAUAGCACUUAAAUAUACAGCCUUUUGCUCAAGGCCAAGUCCCUUUGUGAAAAGUUUGUAAAUUGUGUUAAUUUAAGGCAAACACAUGACCUGAAAAUAAUGACCUAUGCUUUAGGAUUAGAAAUCUCAGGAAGCUACAGUUGUAACACAUGCUGGUCCAUGUAAUGGAAGGAAAAAUAAAUGCAAGUCUACAAAAUUGCAAAAUAUUGCAUAAAUACGAUAUGCAUCAAAUGUUGGUCUGUUUUUAGGUAAUCAUCAAGAUAAUCUUGAAUUUUAGACUGCACCUCACAUCCCCAAAAUCAGUUCAAAAACAAAAUUGAGCACGAUGGAGGGCAUGUGCAUCUGAUGGAACAAAAUGGAAUAAAAGUCAAUGACAUUCCUUAAAACUAUUAACAAUUUAGAGUUACAAGGUCUGAAGGCUUCAAAAGCAUUAAGUAACCCAAUUGUUUAGACACUAAAAACAGUGACGAACAGAAAGAAAUGAAUUCCAAGUUGGAGGAAAAAAAAAAAAAAAAAAAAGAAA